GCGGGCGGCUUCCUCCCCCGGAACUGCAAGGGCGUCGUACCCACCCGCGCGCAGCCCGGAGCCUGCGCUCCCGGGCCCCCGCUGAGCGGUUCCUGGGACGCCUCGGACCCGGCCGGACGCGGCCGACCCCGCUCGCCCACCACCCUUGCUCCCAUUCACCGGCCCUCGCUAGUAAUGGCCGCUUCCUCUCCACCAGCCUCAGUUUCCCAAGGCUGCUGUUUCCCAUUCUGGACGCCUGACUGGCUUCGUUUUAUUUCCCUUCGCUUUUACAUCUUCCUUAUCGCAAAAUGUGGACGCCUACGCCCGGGACGCGCCGCCAUGAGUCUGGUGCUCAGGAACCUGCAGCGAGCCGUCCCGCUCAGGAGGGCGCCGCUCCGCCGCCAGGUGCAGGCGCUAAGAGGCAUCUUGGGGGUCCGGGAAUUCGACCUGGGGAUCAUCUGUGUGGACAACAAGAGGAUGCAGCGCAUUAACAGGACCUACAGAGGGAAAGACGUCCCAACCGAUGUGCUGUCUUUUCCAUUUCAUGAGAAUCUGGAAGCAGGCGAAAUUCCCCAGCCUGAUUUUGCAGAUGACUAUAAUCUAGGGGACAUUUUCCUAGGAGUGGAGUAUAUCUUCCAGCACUGCAAAGAAAAUGAAGAUUACUAUGACAUCCUGACGGUGACAGCCACGCAUGGGCUCUGUCAUCUAUUGGGCUUCACACACAGCACAGAGGCCGCGUGGCAAAAGAUGUACCAGAAGGAAAAGCAGGUCCUGGAAGAGCUGGGCCGGCACACAGGGGCCAGGCUCCAGCCCCUGAGCAGGGGCCUCUUCUGAAGGUCACGGCCCAGGACACAGGGAUGCCGUGUGGGGGAGGUGUCCGCCAAACUGAGGGCCCUGCUGCUGACUGCCCACAGUGAACGUAUUUCUUAAAAUACGAGCGAAAUUUCCAUUCAUGUCAGACAUGUUAUUUUCAGUAUUGUAAAUAAAAGUCGUAAACUCUUA